UUCCCUCGGUUUCAUUAUUUUUUUCUUUUUUUUUUCUCUUCUUGAUCUUUUUUUUUUAAUCUUUUUACCCAUUUGGAUCUCGUUAUCAAUUCUACCCUUUUCACAAACCCCUAUUUUUGGGUUCUCCCUCUUUCAAUUCAUAGUCACUACCAACCGCUUCCAGAGCAAAGCUGCUAGGUUUUCGAAUAAUUUGCAAUGGGUGGUGGAGCUCUUGAAACGAAUGGUUUAACAAAUGGGGAAACUGAGAACAGUCUUCACAGACAGUUUUCUCCAGCUCAUGCUGCACUCGACAACUCGCUUUCUCAUGCCAGUGAUGCUGUUGCUGACCAUGAUGUUCCUGCCAAGAGGGCCAGGCUGCAGAAGGAAUUGACAUUUCAGGAUAUGUAUCAAAAUGAGGGCGUGUUUGACGAGGAUGACGAGGAUGACAGUGAUUGGGAGCCGUUUCAGUUACACAAGUGUGUGGAAUUUGAAAUCAAAAAGUGGUGCUGCAGAAACUGUACUAUGAUUAAUUUGGAUUGUAAUGACUGUUGCUAUAUAUGUGGGGAGCACAGGGAAUCUAAAAUCCUCAGCCAUGGGUUUUUUGCAUCUCCUUUAGCUCAAGACGACGAUCUGAUUGAAGUCCAGGGAGAUAUAAAAGGACUGAAAGAUGUUGGCUCACAGAAAUCAGUGGCAAAUAGUUCUACAGCGAUUGGCUUUGAUGAGAGAAUGUUGUUGCAUGCAGAAGUUGAUAAGAAAUCACCUCCACAUCCUGAGAGGCCAGAUCGUCUUCAAGUCAUUGCUGCUAGUCUUUCUAGAGCUGGCAUAUUUCCUGGAAAAUGUUAUGCAAUUCCUGCUAGGGAAAUCACACCAGAAGAACUUAUUACGGUUCAUUCUUUGGAGCAUAUUGAGUCUGUGGAAGUUACAACUGAAUCACUCUCUAGUUAUUUCACUCCAGACACAUAUGCCAAUCAGCAUUCAGCACUUGCUGCUAGGUUGGCUGCUGGGUUAUGUGCUGAUCUGGCAUCUGCAAUUGUUUCCGGACGUGCCAAAAAUGGAUUUGCUUUGGUUAGGCCUCCUGGUCAUCAUGCUGGUGUAAGACAGGCAAUGGGGUUCUGCCUUCACAAUAAUGCUGCUGUGGCAGCGUUGGCUGCUCAAGCUGCAGGGGCUAGGAAAGUGCUAAUUUUAGAUUGGGAUGUUCAUCAUGGAAACGGGACCCAAGAAAUAUUUGAACAUAACAAAUCAGUCUUGUAUAUAUCAUUGCAUAGACACGAGGAUGGAAAGUUUUAUCCUGGUACUGGAGCUGCUGAAGAGGUUGGUAGCAUGGGUGCUGAAGGGUACUGUGUGAAUAUUCCUUGGAGUCGAGGAGGAGUUGGUGACAAUGACUACAAUUUUGCAUUUCAGCAUGUUGUCCUUCCUAUAGCUUCUGAGUUUAAUCCAGAUUUCAUCAUAGUAUCUGCUGGAUUUGAUGCUGCAAGAGGCGAUCCCCUAGGAUGUUGCGAUAUUACUCCCUCUGGCUAUGCACACAUGACGCAUGUGUUGAAUACCCUCGCGGGUGGAAAAUUGCUUGUUAUUCUUGAGGGGGGCUAUAAUCUUCGAUCUAUAUCGUCUUCCGCAACUGCAGUAAUCAAGGUAUUACUGGGUGAGAGUCCUGGAUGUGAACUGGAAAAUAGUUUUCCUUCCAAAGCUGGCCUGCUAACCGUUCUGGAAGUCCUCAAAAUUCAGAUGAAAUUUUGGCUUUCCUUGGGUCCGAUUUUUGUGAAUUUGGAGUCACAAUGGAGGAUGUACUGUUUCCAAAAAAAAAGGAAACAGAUUAAGAAACGACGCCGACUUGUGGUUCCAAUGUGGUGGAGGUGGGGACGAAAAAGUUCAUUGUUCUAUUUUAUGAACGGCCACCUUCAUAAGAAAUCAAAGUGAUUAUGUUGAGCUGAUGAAUUUUGUUACAUGACCUAACACAAAGUUAAGUCAGGGAUAAAAGAUGUGUUCCGCAAUUUGAGGAACAACAUAGAGUUAGAAGUCAAGAAGAGAGGGGCAGUCAACAUGGUACCUAACUUGAAAGGCUUAGUGGUGGACACUCAUUGACCUCAAAGUGCUGCGAAGAAAGUCCAAAUGCUAAGAGGCGCGGUAACUGUUGGUUGAGUUCGACACCUAGGCUAGUAGUUCUAAGAACAAGGCUAAUGACCUUGGUGGGUUGACGAGUGUUCAACUUAAUAUGUGCAAAGGCGUCUGAGGUAGCUCUAAGGGAGCAUGAGAUGAAGCUGGUGGAAAAGAGUGAGUUGACCAUCCUUAUACGUGCCUUUUUGAAGUUUCAUAAUCGUACACUUGUGUGUGGGCACAGAAUAACCAGUAUGUUAAAUAAUGAGAUUGUUGAUUAGGGCAAGGCCAAAUCAUGUAUUGACUUGUCCAUUAUGGGUUGAUAAAAUGAAAAUUGUCUUUUUCCAACAAUUGUCUUUUUUUUGUUGCCUUUUAUAACUUACAAUUUUUUCUAGGUUUUUGUGAAUGCUACGAUUUACAUGUAUAGAAUCGAAUACAAUUGUGCUCCAAUAUAAUUAUAACCACAACGAAUCAUGAUAAUAAUCUUAAGUAUCAUAGACUUGACGUUUUAAAGUUAUUGUUGGAAAAGUUCUCAUUUAAUUAUGCUUAUCUGAGGCAGACAAGGUAGGUAGUGGGUGACUUUGCAAGAUGUUUAACUAAUAUCGACUUGGUAGCCUACAAACAACAUACAAAAGUGUUCAACUAGAACCAACAAGGUAACCAACAUGAAACUAAUAUAUGAGUUCAAUCAAGACUGACUUGGUAGUCAACAGGAUACUAAUAGGUGAGUUCAAUUAGGUCCGACUUGGUAAUCGGCAAAGAACAUAUGAAAGUGUUCAACCAAGAUUGACAUGGUAUUUGGGAUGGAACUAAUAGAUGAGUUCAAUAAGGACUGGAUUGGUAGCUGAUAAUAGUUGAUUUUACAUGUUUUUGUGUGUAUCUUUUAGUGAAUAAAUCAAUUCCUUCAUAAUUUUUACCUUGUUUUAUGCUUAAGUUUAAUGUGUUUUCAUCUUUUUUGUGUUUUAUUUAGUAUAUGCUUGCUUUUAUCUCUAAUAUCUUUGUUUGAGUGUGUGAAAUAAAUGAAUAGAAAACAAUUAUAGUGGAAGAAAACACACAAGAACUCAAGGGAACAUGUUUUAAGACAAGAAAAGAUCAAUUUGAAGCAAU